ACAGUUGCUGAUCUCUCUAUCUCUUGAAGCGCCCGAAGAGACAACGCAUGUUACUUUCGAUGAAUCGGCUGUUUCCCUCCCACAACCGGCCAAGACACACAACUCGGCUUGCAAAAAUGGCGAAGAGGGGUGCCAGAAUGCUGAAACGGAUUCUACCAGCCGGUUGCUUCGACUCGACUAUGCUGCCGCGAUGCGUCCCCAUCCUGAGAAGGCUCAAAGAGGGGGUGAAGAUGAUUUCUUCACUGAAGGCUCCUGGAUGGGUGUUGCUGAUGGUGUUGGGGGCUGGGCCGGAGAAGGCAUUGAUUCGGGGAUGUAUUCUCGGGAGCUUAUGGGACAUUGUAAGGCAUUGGUUGUAAACAGCAAAGGGAAACUGGACCCCAAGGACGUGCUUGUCAAAGCCGCCGGCAGUACAAAGGCCCAGGGAUCAGCAACGGUCCUUGUGGCUGCAUUGUUUGAGCAAACAUGUACGCAGCAAAAUUGGGAGACUUGGGUUCAUCAUAGUUCGCAAUUGGGAGCCCAUGCAGCAUAUUUGCUAAUUUUCCGUCUACAGGAAUUCAAGAUCCCUGUCUGCAAGGGGGACAUCAUUGUUUUGGGAACUGAUGGCCUUUUUGACAAUCUCUUCAACGACGACAUAAUCGAAGUUCUUAAAAAAUCUCUUGGGUCCGACCAAGUCAACUUGAAAGCAUGUAGCUGGGGCGCAGGCCGAGCGUUUGGACAAUUGGAGCGGUGGAAAGCGACGUGAUAUUUGAGUCGCGAAGGGUAAACUUUUCAAGCAGUUUUUGC